CCCUGGCAACCCCACAACACAGGCGAAGGGCCCUUAUUCUCCCACCUGCUGGUCAGGCCAGCCAGGCUGCGAGAGCGGGAGGCCAAAGGCUGCGGGUGACUCAGGGUGCCUGCGGGAGUUUCGGGGGAAGAAGGCGGCCAUCCCAGAACUGACUCUGGAGGUAGGGCCGGAGGCCAAGUGCACAGGGUGGAAGGAGCUUCCUGAGUCAUCUGCCUCCAGCCUCAGCCAGCUGUGGGGAGAAGUUGGUGCCCACCAAUGUAGGCACAGCCCUUAACCUUCUAAGCACCUGGGACUCCACUCUGCCCCGGACUGUUUGAUUUACCCGUCUCAAAAACACAGCAGGUCGAUGGCUGGCAGGCCUGUGCCCCCGGGACGCCAGGAGGAGGAGACAGCCAAAGACCCCGGGUUGAAACUGUCACUGGUGCGGGCUCCAGGCCACCUGCCCAGCAUUGAUGAGGCCCGACCAGCAGGCCUGGGUCCAGCCUCCCGCCGUGGCUCCAUGCUCGGUCUGGCUGCCUCCUUUUCCCGCCGCAACUCGCUGCCUGGACCAGGCAUGGGUCUCGGGGGUCGGCGACCAUCCUUGGGCCCAGUGCCUCCUUUAGGCUCACGGGUCAGCUUCUUGGGGUUGCCCCUGGCACUUCCCCGGAGGAUGGCGCCCUCAUAUCGUACUGAGCCAGCACCCGGGGAGCGCUGGGAGGCCACGCGAGCACAACGUGCCCUGGAGGAGGUGCUGGCCGCGGGACUGCGAGACACAUGCUACUCUGACACCAAGGCCGGGCUGCUGGCUCGUGAGCUGUGCGAACUGGUGCACAACCGCCUGAGAGAGCUCAGCCCGCCACGCUACAAGCUGGUGUACAGCGUCAUGCUGGGGCAGCGCACCGGCCAGGGUGUGCGCGUGGUCAGCCGCGCGCUUUGGGAUGCAGCACACGAUGGCCUGGCCUCUGCCACCUUCACCAACGCCUCGCUCUUUGCAGUGGCCACGGUCCAUGGGCUCUACUAUGAGUGAGAAAGCAUCAAGUUCUGCAAAAACGGUUUAUUAUCCCAGGAGGAAGCCCUCCCUAGGGUGCAUAUCCCAAUAAAUAAAUGUCUGUCAAUAAAUAAAA